AUGCGCAUCAUCAUUAUUCAACUCGUUGUGUUGGCCAUCGCAUCAGCGGCGCUGAAAACGAAGUGCGCCGAGAAAUGCGUACCGGAUGAAUGUCCGCAGAUUGGCGAUUGUUUGAACACGAUGUUCGAUGACUGCGAAUGUUGUCCGAUUUGCGUUCGACAACUCGGCGAAUCGUGUGGUCGCGACGGCGAGGUUUGCGAUACUCAUCUACAGUGCCAUCAGGAGAACGAUAUCAACGAAGUUGGCUAUUGCAGAGAAAUGCAGUCGGACAACUGCUUGAACGCGCGAUGUCCGAUCGCGUUCCAUCCGCGAUGUCCCGACGAUUCGCGAUUGGUGAUUCUGCCGCCGCCGGCGGGCGAGUGCUGCGGCAAACCGGGCACGUGCCAUUGCGAUCUUCAGAAAUGCGCCGAAUUUGUGCCGAUUUGCGACAGAAAAAGCGAGGAGCUGAAAUUGGUGAGCGGCGGCGCCGACGAGCCCGGCAAAUGUUGCGAUGUGUUCGAGUGCGUCAAAAAGAGCAAAUCGUGCGAGAACGUCCACUGUCCGCCGCGUCCGUUCGACGAGGACGCCGGCGCUUCCGACGAAUGCCCGCCGGACAGCUUCCGGCCGCCGGAGUACAUCACCGGCGACGCGUGCUGCCCGAUGCGCCACGCGUGCAAAUGUCGAGGCUCGAUUUGCCGGCCGGCGCAGUGCGCCGACGGCGAACGCGUCAAAGUGCUCAAGAAGGGAAACGGCACGCCGGGACGAUGUUGCGACGAAUGGAAGUGCGAACCCGACGCGAUGCUGACGAAGAAAUGCAUGCAUAAUGGCAAAGAAUAUGAGGAUGGUUCCGAAUGGCAUCAAUCGAUUUGCGAUGUGUGCCAUUGUAAGCGCGGAAUUGCGAUCUGCACGAAAAUGACGUGCCCGAAAGUCUCUUCGCAAUGCACAUGGAUCAUGAUUCCCGAAGGCGAAUGUUGUCCGGUUUGCUUCGGAUGUCAGACGGACUCGUUGGAGAAGAAGAAGAAGCAUGAGAGCUGGCAGAAGGAUGACUGCACGACAUGCACGUGUUCCGAAGAAGGCGCGCACGUGUGUGUGAAGCACAUGUGCAAAACCGACUGCGAGAAUCCGCGCAAAGUCGACGGGCAGUGUUGUCCGGUGUGCGACGAGCCGUCGAUUGUGCGGCCGCCGGCGACGUGCCCGUCGCUUGAGCACUGCUCGUUGAGAUGCGCCAACGGUCUGCGUCGCGAUGACGUCGGCUGCUAUGUGUGCGAAUGUGUGCCGGACGCGACGCCGAGCGACGUCGAAUGCGACGAGCUGAACGAGGAGAAUUGCGAUAAACAAUGCGCGCACGGCUACCUCAAAGAUAAUCACGGAUGCGCGGCGUGCAAAUGCGCCAAAUGUCCGCCGCUUCACCAAUGCUUCAAGCAUUGCCUUUACGGAUUCGAGUCGAACUCGGCCGGCUGUCCGUUGUGCAAAUGUCGCGCCUCGUCGAGAGUGGAGACGUUGGGAAAUGAGUCGGACAAGAAUAAGCUGAUGUCGAAGAAUGGAGACAAAUGCAUCUCGAUCCGUCAAGACGGCCAUCAGGUGGAGCGCGAUGGCGGCGAAUGGUGGAGCGACGGAUGCCGUCAUUGUUUCUGCGAGAACGGCCAAGAGUUUUGCUCGCUCAUCUCGUGCCCGUCGCGUCCCAACGAUUGUCCCGACGAGGCGUGGCAACAGAAGGACGGCGAUUGUUGCCCGCAGUGCACCGUCGCCGGAAUGAAGAAGAAGCCGACGACGGGCGGGGCGGCGGCGGCGGCGAGUCGCCAGCAGAAGCACGAGCACACUGUGUGCCAGUCGCCGGGAACCGGACGACUUUUCACUGAUGGUGAAACGUGGCAACUUGCGCCGUGCGUUUCGUGCACGUGCCGAGUCGGACACGUCCUGUGCCGGACCAGCGAAUGCCCGCCGAUCGCGUGCGCCAAUCCCGAAUACAUCAACGAGGAUGACUGCUGUCCAGUAUGUCCAGAGAAAGCGGUGAUGACGACGAAAGACGGGAAUGGCGAUGUGAUCGUGUGCACCGAUGAGAGCGGCGUCGCGCAUCUCGUCGGCUCCUCGUGGCGACAAGACGAUUGCACGUCGUGCGUGUGCACACCGCAAGGUGAAGCCGACUGCUAUCGCGAGGCGUGCGACGAGCACAUCGAAUGCCGCGGCAAUCCGCUCGUCAUCAAAGGCAAAUGUUGUCCGGUGUGCUCCGACGCGCUCUCGUCGUCGGCGGUGUGCUCGUACCAAUCGGGCGUCUACUCGAUCGGCGAACAAUGGCAGGAUGGAAGCUGCUCGAAUUGCUCGUGCGUCGCCGGCGGACAAACGGUGUGUCGCGAGAUGGUGUGCCCGCAUUGCGAGGAUCCCGUCACCAUUGAAGGGCAUUGUUGUCCACUGUGCAAAGACGUCGGUUGGGCUCCAUAUGGCAUCGGCAACGGCUCGUACCAUCCAUCGUUGUCGACACGCCAAAACGCAAUCGACGAGCCGUCGGCGUUCCCGUUCCUGAUGCUCUCCGCCAUGUCGUUGGCGGUCGUCGGACUCCUAAUUGUGCUUUUGCUUCUCUUCAAGCGAAAUCGGAAAAGCAAUAAGCUGCACAAGUUCACAGAAGUCGGACAGAUGAGCUCUGGCGCGUCGACGGUUCGCCUCUCGGCGUCGAAGGCGAUCGGAUCGAUGCCGAGACUAUUUGAAUGGAACGAGAACAGACCAACUGAGGGACCGGCGAAUCACAUCCGUCACGAUUCGCAGAAUUCUGAUGAUCAAACUGAUAGCCUUUUGUCCACUAUGUCGGACACAUCCACAGCUCCGUCGAGCAUCUCGUCCGGUCACUGUCCGGUCUCCGACACUCAGCCGCUCACGCCGAGUCGCAUUCGCCGAUUCCCUGUCUGA